AUGGGUAAGUUGUUGUUUUGAAAAAUUUUUGAGUUGAUUUCUAGGCAUUUUUGAUGUUGGGGAUGCUUUUUGAAGACUUUGGGAUAAAUUAUAACGUAAAAUAGGUUUUAUGAAGUGGAAGAAGGAUAAACUUAUCCUAGAAGGUUUUGUUUCUGAGUGGGUGAAGUUAUUUCGAAUACUCUACAUUGUUUUUGACAGAUUCAUGGAUGUUUGAUAUUAUUUUAGGUAAAACUGGUUGUUGCGGAAGUGAAGAAGCCCCCAAAGCGCACUCUUGGUUAGUGGAAGGCUGAACAACAGCAGACCAUGCAGGAGUUCAAGACACGCCGGGCCAACGAGGGCCCGCUAAUCAGAAAGGUGUUCAAAAACUCUUUCCCUUGAAGAAAGACAACGAGGAAGGUGGAAUAUUAGCCGAAAAACGCAUCACAUUGUAAGUUCAUUUGACAUUUUUCUUUGGCUUUUAGGAACUUCGUGAUAAGUUUGAAGAAGCACAUAACUUUUUUGAUGUAAACUUAUAUUACACAUGUCGUUUCAGAAGUGUCAAUUCUACUUCUAACCACCCCAACUGCCGUGAUAACCCCGAGGAACACCGCUUCAUAACCGUUGAUUGA